ACAUAGAGCCGGAUAUAUUAUUUACAUAGAUGUUAUAACGUAAACAAAACCAUACAAUUUUAAAAGCAUCUGAAAUAAGGAUCGCAGAAGUUGAUCCAGGAUGCAGGCAGACAUGACCGGACAGCGCCGGAAGUUUGACUACAUAGUGGUGGGACUGGGCGGCAUCGGCAGCGCCGCCCUCUACUGGCUCUCACGGAAAGCUGGAGCGGAUGUUCUUGGGAUAGAACAAUAUGAGCUAGGACACAGUAAUGGCGGAUCGCAGGAUCAUUCCAGAAUCAUUCGGAUGGCUUAUCAUGAUGACAUCUACACGAAGCUGACUCCGGAAACAUAUAAGGCGUGGGACGUCAUCGAGGAGGAGUCUGGGAUCCAGGUGGUGUGGCGGACGGGCGGGCUGCUGCUGGCUAAGAAAGGCGAGUCGGACCAGAUCGCCCGACAGUACGCGGAUGCCAUGGCCGCCAACAAAAUACCGUACCAGUGGCUGUCGGGUACGCAGCUGCACGACCGGUACCCGCAAUUCCAGACUGACGAGAAGUAUGUGGCAGUCUACCAAAAGGAUGGCGGGCUCGUGGAUGCCGCCACCGGAAACGCCGUUCACGUUCAGUUGGCCCGCGGCCGAGGGGCGUCCGUCAUCGAGAACUGUCCCGUACUUCGGUUGACACGAAAUAAGGACGGUUUGAUAAAGGUAACAACACCGAAGGGCGACUUUACAUGCCGCAAGGUGGUUGUGACGUCAGGCGCGUGGAUCAACCACGUGGUGGGCUCAAUCGGUGUCCACAUUCCAGUAUAUGUCACCCAGGAGCAAGUUACGUACCUGGCCACGCCCAAUAUGAAGGAUUACGUCAAAGACAAGUUUCCUAUAUGGAUCUACCACUCCAAGACCCACGAUUUCUACGGAAUGCCGAUCCAUGGGAACACAGGCGCCAAGAUCGGCGUGGACGCUGGAGGCCCAGUGGUUACCCCGGCAACCCGCUCCUUCAUCCCCGAUCCAAAAAGGGAACAAGCCUGUUUAGACUUGCUUAAUGAGAUAUUACCCACGUCUGUUGGUCCAAUUUUGUACAGUAAGACCUGCCUGUACACCAUGCCUCCGGACCGGAACUUUGUCAUCGAUACCUGUAAGAAAACUGGAUUUGAUGACGUCAUAAUAUGUAACGGCGCUGGUCAUGCCUACAAAUUUGCAGGCCUGUUAGGUAAGAUACUGAGCGAGCUAGCGUUGGACGGACGGACAGAUUACGAUAUCCGGCCUUUCACAAUGGAACGCGAGGCUCUCACCGACCCAGACUUCCAGCCCGUGUUUUUCAUGGGCGCCAGCAAGCUCCCUCAGAGCAAGAAGUCGGACGACCUAGAUAAGGCGAAAUUGUAGAAAUCAUGAUCAUUGCCAGCUCAAGAACUCCAGUAACAGUUAUAUUGGUUCUGACCAACCUCGCCUCAAUAUCACAAAUGCAUUCACAUUUUUAACAAACAUAUUUUUUUUAAGUUGUAUUGUGCUUCUUGCAAUAUCCAAUUGUGACGUCACAAACCACGUGGUAUAUCCACACUUUAUAAGGUAAAAUGAGAUGAUACCGAGAUUGAGAUUUGACAUGAUUUGUUUUUGAUGAUAGGGCCAGAUAGCUGAAAACAGACACCACUUUUGUAACCAGAGUUUAAAUGUAAUGUUUAUUGUUACAACUGCAGAACAUGAAAUGAUUACCGUUAAAAGAAACAGACCUUUUCCUAAAUAAUACCCUUUUUCAAAUUCACGAUUUUUGUUUCAACACUUACUACAUAUAAGAUUUUAAUCAGAUUCUGUAUAUUUGAUAGUAGUCUCUUAUAAUUCAAUUUGAGUGGCAAUACUUUUUAUAACCGUUUUAUAUUGGAAAUGUUUUAUGUAGGUAUUGACGAGACUAAAAUAAAAAUUCUCUUAACACACACCAUUUAAAGUAACACCCUUAUUCAAAAUCAUUACAUACACAUGUAUAACAAACAAGAUUGUAACGGUGUAUUUACUAGCUGAAAACGCAAAAAUAUUAGAUGAUUGGUGAAUGCUAAAAGAUUUACUCUGAUAUACUAUCGUUUCAUGAGGUAGAAAUAUCGUAAUAUCUGUACCUCAUUAACAAAUUAAAUUAAACACGGUAUCCUUCAUAAGUACCAUUGUUUUCGACAUUAAUUUAUCCUUUUUGGUAUAUUAAAACAAUUGCAUCGAUUGUGGUAAAUCUUAUUUGGGAGGAAGAGUGCAUCUUUAAGGCAAAUCUACCUAUAGUUAAAGUAACAAAUAGUUCUUGCUGUGUAAUAAUGUGUAAUAACUUGUUGUAGCUGGUUUCCAUAACUUGUUGAUGUUAUCACUGUUUACAAUGCUCUACUCCAUCUUAGAGGAAAGGCUUUUGUAAAUCCAAUAUGUGUACCUAUUUUAAACUAUCUGCUUUUAUUUCCAGAUCACAUGCUCUUUGUUAUGUUAUGUAUGUUUGUUAUUUAUGUCGGAAAAUAGCUCAUUAAGCUUAUGUUUCUUGUUAACACAUACCCGACUUAAAAUAAAGAUUCUUGUAUCUUG